AUGGAGAUAGAAGAGGACAUUUAUGCCAAUGUAGAGGAGGUCUGUGUUAAAGGCUAUGGUGAUCUGGCUGCAGGUUAUGAGACUUUACACCAGAGUCCACAGGCUGGAACAAGACCACAAGACUCAGUUCCUCUUGGUAUAAGAGCAUUGGUUUGUGAGGUGAUUGUAACCACUUGUUUCUCUACAUCUGCAGGACUGAAGCAUGGGAAUCAGAACUCUCCUCCUUGGAGGCUGGCUACAAUUUCUCUGGGCCUGCUGUGUGUUCUCUUACUGAUCACAAUCAUAAGCCUCUCUGUGCACUAUGAUGAACCCUAUAAUGAACUGUCCAGACUCCAGACUUCAUACAACAACCUGACUGAGGAGAAACUCCAGUUACAGAGGACAGUUUCAGAGCAGGAGAAGAAGAUAUCAGAGCUUGGACCCUGUCCUGAUGGUUGGAGGAGAAUCAGAUGUAGUUGUUAUUACUUGUCUAAUAACAGUAAAACUUGGAGUGAGAGCAGACAAGACUGCAGAGAGAGAGGAGCAGACCUGGUGAUCAUAAACAGCAGAGAGGAACAGAAGUUUCUAAACAAAUUGGGGGAAAAAAUGUAUUUCUGGAUUGGUCUAACUGACUCAGAGAAGGAAGGGAUCUGGAAAUGGGUGGAUGGAACAACACCAACCACAACACAAUUCUGGAGAGAAGGAGAGCCAAAUAAUGCCCAGGGGGAUGAGAACUGUGCAGUCUUCAACAGCUUCAGCGAUAACCUGGGAAAUAUACAAUCAUGGAAUGACCAGCCUUGCUCAUUGCUUAUCCAUUGGGUAUGCAACUACACACCUAAAGUGUCCUCCUAAUAGGCCUACACAUCAUGAUGGCAUCUGCCCACAGGAGAAAUACUGAAUUCCAAAAACUAAGCAGUGCAUCUCCUACAAGUUGAUGCUGACAAGGCCUGCCAGGAAAACGGAUGACCCAUAACACAUGUAAAAAAGGCCCAGUAAUUAGCUAACGAUUAAAAUUAAUGAAAGUUAAAAUUGAAUCUACGUCAGACGUUAAUUCUUCAAGUCGGCUGUUUUGGCAGGUGUUUUGGAUAAUCUGAAUACCCUUUUGAAUUUGCAAUUACGUUUAGAUUUGCUCUGACAUUAAGGUUAAUCCUUCCUGCAUUUCAGUAGUAGCACAUAUUGCUGUCACGACUUCCUCCGAAGCUGCCUCCUCUCCUUGUUCGGGCAGGCUUCGGCGUUCGUCGU